AUGGCUCCGCUGCCACACAACCUCCAUCCAUGCCUACGCCUAGGACGCCGCCUCCUAGCGCUAGCACUCCUCGUCGUGACGGCCGUCUCUGCGGGGACCUCGCCGGAGAGUGACUUGUACGCUCUGUCCAAGCUCAAGUCCUCCCUACUCUCUGGCAGCGCCAGCAACAGUCCUUUGCUUGCCGACUGGGACAUCGAGACAUCGGCGUCAGGCGGCAUAUCAUCCCGGCCAAACCAUUGCAACUUCUCCGAGAUCACCUGCGACGCCUCCAACCGCGUAGUCUCCAUCAACCUCACCGGCGUCCCUCUCCACGGCGGCGUGCUUCCAAGGGAGAUCUCGCUGCUGGAUGGUCUCUCCAGCCUCACCGUCGCCUCGUGCUCCCUGUCAGGCGUUAUACCCGCAUCACUCGCCUCGAUGCCUCUCCUUCGCCACCUCAACCUCUCCAUCAACAACGUCUCCGGCUCCUUUCCGUUUCGAUCGGCACCGCCGUACUUCCGCUCCGUGGAGGUCAUCGACGUCUAUGACAACAACCUCACCGGUCCCCUCCCGCCUUUCGGCAUGUCGCACGCAAGGAUGCAGCACCUGGACCUUGGCUGGAACCACUUCUCAGGCGGUAUAUCCGAGGAGUACGGUGACAUGAACGGGCUCGAGUUCCUCGGGCUCGACGGUAACUGGCUUUCCGGCCUUGUGCCGCCGUCACUCUCGAGGCUCAGGAGAGUGAAGAGGAUGUAUCUGGGGCACUACAACUCGUUCCAUGGUGGCAUCCCGCCGGAGUUCGGCGAGCUUUCUGCCCUCAUCCAGCUUGAAAUGAGCAACUGCAAUCUCACAGGACCUUUCCCGCCGGAGCUCGGCCGCCUCACUCAGCUCGAAUUGCUCUACUUAUUCUCUAACAACUUGGUCGGCGAAAUCCCGGCUGAACUCGGUAGUCUCAAGAACCUCACGCUCCUGGAUCUCUCUUUCAACCAGCUUACCGGCGAGAUACCGGCAAGCUUCGCCAGUCUAACUAGACUGAAACUACUCAGUCUAACAGGGAACAAACUCCAUGGCGUAAUCCCGGAGUUCGUCGGGGAAUUGCCUCAAUUGGAAAUCGUCCAUGCAUGGCAAAACAACCUUACCGGGGAGAUCCCAGCCAACCUAGGCAAGAACGGCAUGCUGCUGGAACUGGAUGUCACGGACAACCAGCUCAGCGGCACCAUACCGUCCUACCUCUGCGCCGGGAGGCAGCUUCAGUUUCUUUUCCUGAUGCGGAACAAGCUUUCUGGGCCAAUCCCUGAAGACCUCGGUAACUGCAAGACCCUUGCCAGAGUUCGCCUGAACAACAACUUCCUCAGUGGCUCCAUUCCCGCUGGCCUUCUUGAUCUCCCCAUGAAUGACAUGUUGGACCUGAGCAACAAUUUGCUCUCAGGAGAGCUCCCAACGGUGAUUCCCAGUGCUGGGCUAAGGUUUUUGUCAGUUGCAUCCAACAAUCUAUCCGGUCCCGUGGCGCCGGAGAUCGGCCAUCUCAAGAAGUUGUCCUUGCUCAACGCCAGUGCCAAUGCGCUCACGGCCGGCAUUCCACGACAGAUCAACCACUGCGAGUCGCUGAUAGUGAUAGACCUCAGUCGCAACCAGCUCACCGGCGAGAUACCGAAAGAGAUCACAAGCUUGAAGGUUCUGACAGUGCUGUACCUGUCGAGGAACAGAAUCUCCGGUGAGCUUCCGGUGGAGCUCGGUGAGAUGAUCAGCCUCUCGAAGCUGGACGUGUCCUACAACGACCUCAGCGGCCGUGUCUCGCUGCCACAGCUUCAAGGGGUGUUCGCGGUUUCAGACAAGACAGACUUUGAAGGCAACCACGGCCUUUGUGUGGAGCACAUCACUGCCGCUUCGUGCCCCAUCCCCAUGUCGUUGCAGAGUUCACGGCGUUUCAAGCCGAGGAUGUUGCUGUGGAUUGUGCCAACCGCCAGCGCCUUGGCGGUGGUCGUGUGCCUCGGACUAAGGUGGGGGCGCAGGGCGUGGCGGGAGACAGCGAAGCGGCGGCCUGUGACAUGGAAGAUGACACGGUUCCAGAACCUGGAGCUGGGAAUGGACGACGUGCUCCGGUGCCUCAGGGAGGAGAACGUCAUCGGAAGAGGAGGUGCCGGCACCGUGUACCGCUGUGUGACGCGGGACGGCACGGAGAGUACGCGUACACGCUGCGGGUGGACGAGAAGACGGACGUGUAGCUUCGGCGUGGUGCUGCUGGAGCUCGUCACGGGGCGCCGCCCGCUCGGCGACUUCGGCGACGAGAUCGACCUCGUCCACUGGGGGCGGAGCGUCGUGCCGAGACCCACGGACACGGCGGCAGUCCUGGCCGUGGCUGACCCGCGGCUGCCGCCAGAGCCGGCCGGCCUGAUCGCUCGCCUCUUCAGGGUGGGCAUAUCGUGCGUCCGAGAGAGCAGCCAGGCACGGCCCACCAUGCGUGAGGUCGUGCACGUCCUCUCCAGCUUCGUCGUACCACCUGCGGAUCCAGCCUGCUCUGUUUCUGCUCUUCCCCUGUAA